GAGAGCGGACCGCCUAAGUCAGAUACUUUUUUUUGGGGUGUCGUGCCGUCGAAGUGCAUCUCCAUCUUCGGCCAUGGCCAUGGACUUUGAGGAGAUACUGGGCAAGUGCGGGGAUGGCCAUCGCUACCAGUACAUGCUGUUGGCCCUCUACGGGCUGCUCAUGUUCAUCGUUUCCCGCCAGUACUUCGCCCAGAGCGUCAUCAGCUUUGUGCCCGAUCACUGGUGCUAUCACGAACAUCUGGAGAAUCGAAGCUAUGCCGAUAUGGCUGCAAUAUACGCCCCAUUCCAGAGACCUUCGUGCACGCGACUCGCUUGGAUCAACGAGGAUGGGAGUAAUGCCACUGCCAGCAAUGAGCCCUGUAAUCGAUGGAUCUAUAAAUAUGAUUAUGGUUUCCGAAGCAUGAAUGCCGAUCUGAAUUGGGUUUGCGAUGAGGCAUACAAGGCGCGAGUGGGUCAGUCUCUGUUCUUUGUGGGCUCCAUGUGUGGCACUUUGCUUUUUGGUCUACUUGGCGACAGGAUUGGAAGGAUCAGGGCUGUGGUCCUGGCCAACUGGUGCGGCUUCCUGGGCGAUUCGGCCACCAUUUUCACCCAGAGCCUGGUCACGUUCUCAGCCAGCCGGUUCGUAUCUGGCCUGGCUGCUGAGGCCAACGCCUACCUGAUGUAUAUUCUGGUGCUGGAGUACGUCUCACCGACGAUGAGAAGUGUGGGCCUCAACCUGACGAUGUGUGUGUGGUACUGUCUGGGCAUGAUUAGUGCGUCUUGGCAGGCCGUCUGGCUGGGCGAAUGGCGCUCCUUCAUGGCCUGGUCAGCCAUGCCUCAGCUGCUGGUCACCGGCUUCUAUUUUGUGGUCCAGGAGAGCGCCCAGUGGCUGGUCACGCGCCACGACAUCGGGGGCGCCGAGUUGCGCCUGCGCCGGGUGGCCAAGUUCAAUCGGCGCGAGGUCAGCGAGGCGGACUUCGAGCUGUUCCGGCAGCACUGCAAGACCAAGGAGUCGAAGGCCAGCAGCCAGUUCUCCAUGCAGAAGCAGGCACGUCUCAUCGACGCCCUCAAGCUGCCACGCCUGCGCCUCAGACUAAUCUACGUGCUGGUUGUCUUCUCGAUAGUGACGCUCUGCUACAAUACGAUGUCUCGCAAUGUGGAAGGCCUGACCAUAUCGCCAUUUGUGAUGUUCACUCUUUUCGCCCUGACUUUGCCACCUUCGGGCAUCUUCCAGACCCAUGUCCAGAAGAACUUCGGACGCAAGUUUACCUCGGUGACCAGUAUGACAGCCACUGGAGUGAUGACAGCGGCCACAGGGAUAUUGCUAACCUUCUGGACACAACCGAAUGAGACGGUGAUGGUGUGCCUCCUGCUGGUGUCCCGAUUCGGGAUCUCUGUGAUCACGGGGUCCACCAUGCAGAUAUCCGCCGAGCUUAUGCCCACCUGCGUGCGAUCCAGUGGCCUGGCGGUGAUCCACGUCACGGGAGCAGCCUUCUCCUUCCUCUCGCCCUACAUACUCCACCUGGACACCUAUUUUCGAGCAGCAUCCUCCAUUAUUCUCUGUAUGCUCCUCCUGCUGUGUGCCUGGAUUUGCCUGCUCCUGCCGGAGACGAGAAACAAAAAGCUGCCCAUGUCCCUGGCGGAGGGCGAGGAGUUCGGCAAGGGUGAGCGGAUGUUCGACUUUCUGAGGAACCUAGAAAAGGAAGAUCAUCAGGAUCUCAGCGCUGGCACCAAUGAGAAACUUAUGGCGGAAUAAAUGUACUUACUAAGUAGGUGUUGCCUUUGGAGCUUAUCAGAUAUGCUACGUUUUGAAGUACAGCUCCGAACUAUGUUUUUGAAAAAUGCAUUUACUUACAUUUGUUAAAAUCUUUUUUAAGUAAAGUUUUGAGCUGAACAUGCCUGUAAAAGCUUAAAAUAUUAUUAAGAAUUUAUUAUUUUUGUUAGCACUUACUUUAAAAAUCUUAAAACUAAUGGUUAGAAAAAACUUAAGACUUAAAUAUGUGCACUGAACAGUUAAGAUCUUCUCUAUCUAAAGGGCUCUAUGAGCCUAUAUAAUAAAAGAAAAACUGUAGACUGUUUAUAACAAAAUGAUGGGCCUAAAGAAGUGGAAUGUAUAAAGUACAAGAUAAUAAUACUUAUAGCUGACAAUAAGAAUGGCAAGAAAGACUGUGGUUAUAACUAUUAAU